AUGGAUAAAUCUUAGUUAUUAGAAAUGCAACUUAAGGAAGCACUUGAUAGGGAAGCGAAUUUAAAAAAAUUAAAUGAGUCUUUAAUGAAAGCUAUGGGAGAUAUAUCUAACCAUGACAAAGGAAAAGAAAUACAAUUAUUAAAUUAACUACAUGAGUAAGAAAUUUCUAAAAUAAAGACCAUUUUAAAUGAAAAGAUUACUAUUUUGGAAUAUGAAGUAAAUUUAUGUAAAUAUUUAGUAUCGGAAUAAAUGCUAAGAAUUUAGUAAAUUAGAAAAAAAUUAUAAUUAAUUGAUUCAAGAUUAUGAAGAAUUAGAGAAGAAGGAAAAGUAUAAAUAAAGAUAAAUAUAUUGUAGAAAAUGUUAUAAAUGUUCUGACUUUUAACUAUAAAUUACUUAAAUUCUGAAAUAAAAUGAAAUUUCUAAAGAAGGAUUAGCCAGAGAGUUUUCAGAGGCAUUAAAUAAUUAAAAAUCAAUUUUCGAAUAUGUAUUAAAAAUAGACUUAUUCAAAGGAUUCUAAUUGUUUAAAAUUAUAACUUAAAUAAAUUACUUUUGAAUUAGAUAAAGAAUUAAAAGAAAAAGAAAAGCUAUAAAAAACAAUCCUAGAUUUGGGCUAUUCACAUGAAUAGGCAGUAAUUAUUAAAAAUAAAUUAGUAAAGAAGCUUAUUAUAAUAAAUUGCAGAUCUAAAUAAAGUGCACAAUGAAACUAUAAUCUAAAAUACUUAAUAUUAAAUCCUUAGUUAAACAAGAGAAUAAUCAUAAGCAUAAAAAAUUUGUUAAUUGGAAUAGGAUAAAAUAAUUUUGGAAAAGCAUUUACAAGAAUAAAAGUAUUAAUAAUUAAUUCAAUUUAGAGAUUGGAAUAUAAAAUUGGAAAGCUAAAUUAAAUAAUAAGAUUUGUAAUUAAAAGAUAAGGAAAACAAAUUAAUGGAAUAAAGAAAUGAAUUAUCAAAAAAGUUAAUAAAUGAAAAAAAAAUCGCUGAACAAUGCUAAGCUGUGGCUUUGAAAUUAAAAAAUGAUUUCUAAAGGAAAUAAUCAUUACUUAUUGAAGAAUCAUUAAAAAAAGAAUAACAAUUAAAAUAAGUUUAAACUUAACUAACUAGAUAAAAGAGCAAAAAUAAAUAUUAUGAAAAUGCACUUAGUUAAGUUAAUUUAUUGGAAAUUAAAAAUUCAACUCCUAAAUAAAUUAAACAUAAAAAAAACAAUUUCUCUAAUGAUUUUCAUAAUUCACACCAAAAAGGACACACUAAAGUAUUUUAUACAUUUAUAUAUAGAAUGCUCUUAGUUAAGGUCAUGUAAAUAAAAUAAAAAUAUUACCUUCUUCAAUAUAGAAAAGUGAAGCAGAUUCUAUUCAUUUUAAUUUAACCGAUAUGUUAAACUCAACAAGGAAUCCAGAUCAAUAAAAUCUAUCUUGUAGAUAAUCAAAUGAAGAUAUUGGAUCCCACAUAGAAUAGUUUAAUUGUGCUGCAAAAUUUGUAUUUAUUAUUAUAUAAUAUAAGGUUUAAACAAGCGACGAUUCUGCUAUUCCGAUUUAAUAGUCGACAGAUAGAUAAUUAUCUCCAAGAACAAGAAGUAUGUUAUUAUAAACUAAAUAUAAAUAGUCUAAACAGUUAAUCCAAAAGGACCCCCUUAGAGAAUAAGAUAAAUUCAUGCAGAUUUAUAUAAAGAAAAUAUUGUUGUUAGGCCUAAAGCAUGA